AUACGUAUAUUUGUGUCGUGUUGUUUAGGGUUUUGUUCGAAGUGCACUUAAUUUUACGGCUUAAGCUGCCAUUUGACUCAGCAGCUGGUCUUUUUUAUUUACAUAAGAGCGUUUGGAAGACUAAUUGUACUGGAUAAUACACCUUGGGAACUAAAUAUUGUUUACAGCGUCCGGCAGGUUCGGGAAAGAUCGGAUGUCACGAAUUCGUAUCAAGUACAGAGAGGCACAUUGUAAAGUCGUUGAAUUUGUAUUGCUUCAAGUGUGCUUUAUUGGCAGGCGUUGGUGUUUCGAGUUUUGAAUGCAAAUCAAAUCUGAGGUAAUCAUCUGGACUCGUUCAACCACUGCGGUUUCGAAAUACGUCGACGUAACAACUUUGCCAAGAUAAGGAGUAAGACGCCGGCUUUUUGGUCAUAAAUUAUUUUUGAAUUUUAUCAUUUGCCGUGGACUGUUGCGGUUUUAUGCAAAAAUAUCGACCUCUAUAAAUAUACCAUGAGCAGCAUUUCGGAUUAAUUCACGCCACAGUGUUGUUGACAGAAGUGAGACGACUUUUGUUGUUUUAAUUUACCUUAGUUGUAGUGCGUGCCUUCGGCGACUUCUAGAUGACUGAGGUCCUCUCUGAUUCAAAGUAUUUAUCGCCAGAAGCGAUAUUCCAACGAACCUCCAGUGAACCCGAUAUAUUUGGUACGGCUAUAAGGCAAAGGACAUGCAGCAAUGCUUCACAGUUGCAAUACAAUAGAGCAAGGGAGCGAUCGAGGGCUUCGUUUACAAACGGAGAAAGAUCUCGUUCGCCAUCCCCAGUUGGUACUUCGAAUGGUAGUGAUUCUGAGGGUCAGAUGGUUGUCGAUGGAAGUACACUGAAUGAAAGUUUCAAUAGUGAAGACUUUACCUUCAGGGAUCGUGCACCAACGUCACCAAGUCGUGAAGAGGUGAAGGCACAGGCUUUUGAACGACUUCAAGAGGAGCUUAAGAAAGCUCAAGAGGAGCUUAAGCUGAAAGAUGAAGAAUGUGAAAAACUAUCAAGAGUCAGAAAUCAAUUGGAAUCAGAGUUAGAAGAACUGACAGCAAGUCUGUUUCAGGAGGCUCAUGCCAUGGUUCGUGCUGCAAAUGUUAAAAGGGCUGCAGCAGAAAAGAGAUUCAAGGAAGCAAAUAACAAGGUUGAAGUUCUUCAAGCAGAAGUGUCUGCUCUUAAACAGUUAGUGUUAACCUCCACAUCAUCACAAAGUCACUCUAGAGGAAUGGGCUGGCGACGACACAGCAGUGAGCACCUAAGCCCAUGUCCAGAUUGUAACUCAUAUGAUUGUGAUGCUGCAGUGACAAUGAGGUUAGAUGGAACAUGUUUGCGUGGGCCACAAAAUGGAAAUAAUUCCCCUUCAGAUGAAUCGGAGGUGGAUGUGAUCCUUUUCCGAGAAUUUUUACAAUGGAUGGAUGAACGUUCUGUUUCUCAUGAUCAGCCAUUUUUAGCCAGAAUAUAUAAAGAAGAUGUUGGGCCAUGUUUAGACUUUCCUAAUAAGGAGCUCGCAUUAGCUGUACAUAGUGCAAUUGAAAACAACACUUUAAUGAUGGAGACAUUUGGUGGCAAACCAGUGUUCAGGAAGUGUGCGCUCACAGGAACGUCUCGAUUUUGUCUUCACCGUGUGAAGUUAUCAGAAAAAGGUGACUGGUAUAACCUCAGUCGCAACAGUAGAGUCAGGAUUGUAGCGGUGUGCGAUUUUUACACUUAUGUGCGUUACAUCCAGCAAGGACUUGUGAAGGCAGACGUAACAGAGAUAUACUGGGAAGUAAUGAGAUUGAGGAGUGAGAUGGCACUCGCGCGGUUAGGAAUGGAGGGCGCAGUCAAGGUUCAAAGAGGCAGCGGUCACUCGUAGCAACGCAUGCUCUCUGAUUGCAAUAACAUUUAGGAUCCGUAAGUUUUGUCAGGGCUUAGAACAAGGCAAACUUCUAUUUUUGUAUGAAAUUGACUUUGAAUACUGCUAUUGAGAGUUGCUUUUAAGAAUGAAUAUGGAAAUUUUUAUCAAUGGUCCUGUGAGAAUGGUUUUCGAAAGAUUUAAUAGAAUUUGUAAGACUUCAAUGUUUCAACUAUUGAAAUUCUUAAAGUAUUUAUGCUUGCAUUUUGUGUUAAUGUAAUUGAAUACGUCAUUUAAGGAGUUACAACGUGAGCAAAAUUCGUGUAGGGAUUUUUAUUCAUUUAAGCAAAGUUAUUAGAAUUUUAAAAUAUUUUUAAGUGUAGAAGUUGUGGUUUUUAUCGCCAAAUGACUGUGUUCGCUUUGGGAUAUUUCAUUUAGAAUCAAGUUAUUUAAACGUAUUCAUGUAGAAUCAGCGUGUAUUAUUAUUCUAGAGCGCUGUUAUUACAUAUAACUCCAUCACUGACAGAGAUUGUUGGACAAGAAUUCUAAGGAACUUUGAAAAGUAGGUUCUCAUGAUGGAGAGGUUUUUUUUAGAGUUGUUGUGCGAUUUUAAUUGGUGAUGAUCCAUUUGAGGUCAGGAAGUGAAUGUAUAUAAAUGACUCAACAAACAAUAUUCUUAAAAUAGUUUUUAUCAGUAGUUUCUAUUUUUCUAUGAGAGGCUCUUUCUCAUUUGUAUAGAAUUAAAUAGACUUUUAAUGGUCUAACAAAACGAAAUAAACAUUUAAG